CAACAAAAACACGGAAGAAGCAGGAACCAGCUGACAUAACACGCUAACGGCUGCACUGUUGUUGUCAAAUUCCUAUUGUAACAACAAGCUUGCAUUAUGGAGGACCAAGAGAUGCAGCUGAAAGUUAGACGAGUGUCUGACAAGUUCACGGAGAGCAUGUACGUACUGGCUAACGAGCCGUCAGUGGCUCUCUACAGACUGCAGGAACACGUCAGGAGGUCGCUGCCUGAACUGGUGCAGCACAAGACAGAUAUGCAGAGCUGGGAGGAGCAGAGUCAAGGAGCCAUCUAUACUGUGGAGUAUGCAUGCAGUGCUGUGAAGAGCAUGACGAACAGCAGCAUGUAUUUCAAAAAUAUUGACAGUCUGCUCCGUCAAGCCAUCAGCAUGAAGGAACAGAUUAGCAACUCUCAAGGACGCAGCUUACAUGAUGUGACCCAUUCUCCUAGUCCCCUUGUCUCUGCUCCACAUGCCCCAUCCACUUCCUCAUGACCUCUGAACAGAGGUGUCCAGGAAGAGGACCAUGGACUCUGGCAUGCUAAAGGAAGGGGGAGAAAAACACAGCUCUGGGAUGUGACGUGACUUCCUUAGCUGGUGGUGUUGUUUUCUACAGUCCCUUGCUCUGCAACUUCUUGAUUGCCGCUAAAGUGGGGUCAUCAGGACGACACCUCCUCAUCACAAUGGAGUGACUGCCUCCAGUGACCCCACAGUACAAGCCGCUCAGUGGAACAGAGCACCACAGCGCUGCCAGGUUCAGCAUUAAAAACACUUAAGUCAUGGACGCUGCUCAAAGAAUGCAUUGUUCUCUUGGACUCGCUGGAUGGACCAGAAAGAAAGCAGCAGGGCUGUUUUUGCCUCUGCUGUUGAAAAUCCACUGCAGUGCCCAUGUUUUGGACACUAGUUUUCAGGGUUUUUUUGUGUUUGUUGUUAGACUGAAAAGUACCCAGCAUGCAAAUUAUAAAAGCUUAGUACACAUACACAUUGAAAACAGAGAAGUGUGCUAGAAAGCAAUAACAGGUGCCUAGCACUAACCCGUGUUUCAGUUCUUAAAUGUACCUCCAUGCCAGAUUGGGUGAAAUGUUCCAGAGAAUUCAGACUCUUAAAAAAACAAGAGAAUCACAUUUUUCACUUUUAUUUUCUUACCUGCCAAGUAGACAGAAACCCCCAGGCAGAACAGUCCAAUAGCCACAUGUCGUACAGCUCUGCUGUCCAAAAGGAACCAGUCUGCUCUGUUGCAAGAAAUGACAUGUUUAGUGUCUUGGCUCAUAAUGUGUUUACACUUUAACAUUGCUACUUUAGCUUUUAAAUAAAUCCAUGAUUUUAUGCAA